UCUCUCUCUUUCCCUCUCCUCACUUCCAUCCACACUUAAGAAACAGUGCUUGGAUGGACACCGAAUCCCUUUUUUUCCUCCAGUCUUUUUCCUAGUUCCCUCAUUUCUCCACCUCUAUCCUCCAGUUGGCUCUCUCUGCCUGUUCUACUCCCCUUUCUUCCAAACACGCAGUUAUCUCUCUCUCUCACUGUCGCUAAUUUUUCCCCGUGUCCCCGCUCUCUGUCAGCAUGGUGAACAGAUAACUGCAAAGCUGUUGAACAUGGGCUCCUGCUUCUGCAAAGGUCACCAAGAGCUGCAAAGUGGCCAGCAACACCCCAUGGAAGAGCUUCACUCAUACGCUGAAGGACAGCCCAUCUUCAAGGGUAACCAUCAGCCCUACAAUGGCAGCAUGUCAGAUAAAAGGAGCAGCAGCGGGUAUGACAUCGGAGAAUUGGCUACAUCUUCCCUGCUGGGACUACUUGCCACUUUUAAAGACCACAUCACUAAGCCCACAGCGAUGGCCCAGGGCCGAGUCGCCCACCUGAUUGAGUGGAAGAGCUGGGGAGGGGAGGCGGCGUCUAGAGGGGGCUGGUGUGGAGGAUGGGGAGGUGUGGGAACCGCACUGCAGGAGGACGAGCAGCUCUACUCCCACCUCACUGAUGAACUCAAAGAAGCACGCUUUGCUGCGGGUGUGGCGGAGCAGUUUGCUCUGGCUGAGGCAGCGAUGAAUGCCUGGUCCACACAGGACAUUGAAAAUCAAACCACAGCCAGCACAAUCCCAUUACAAGACCCCGAGGGCCUCUAUCUCUCUCAGUUCCUGUUGGAUGGAGGGAGUCUGGGUGUUCCUCAGCACCUGUACAGAAUGCACAUGGAUGUUGAUGACACCAGUUCCCUGGCACCUUCUCAUCCUCCUCAGUCUCAUUCCCCCAGUCAUUCUCAUUCUCCGCUGGACACUCAGCGUCCUCCUCAGGAGCAGAGGAUCUCGCCAUCGGAAGGGCCAGUGCGACACGCAGACAGCAUCUCCCUGUCGGAGGAUGAGGUUUUUUAUAACUGAAAUUUUGAUGACACAGCGGAACAAAAAGAGAAAAGGUUUUUCUUCUAUUCUUUGUGUUCGUUGAUGAGGGAGAGACGCAUAUGAGGUUACGUCUGGGGUUAUCGCUUUACCGUUAAAGUAUGUAAUAGCUACAGCUGAGCCUCUUCGACAAGCAAAGAACGCAGGGAUCGUUGUACAUGUGGACAUGUCAAUUCAUUCACAUAUCACAUUGCCUUUUGGCAAAUGAAAGCCUCCGUUUGCGGUAAUGAUGUUGGAGAUCGGAUUGUAAGUUAAAGGGGUCACACUAAUUAUGUCUACAGGAAGGUAAAAGGAUCUAAAACAUAAAUGCAUCUAAAAUCAUA